AUGCAGCCAACCGCCCCCCUCCACCGCGCUAUCCGCCGCCUCGCGCUCACCACAAAAAUGGUCAACGGCGGCUACUACAAGGGCACGCGCACGGGCUCCAUGGGCACACACACCCGCCGCGGAGGCUUUGUGGUUGAUUAUAGUAAGGUGCGCACGUAUGUUGUGCCGAGCUUGGAGGGGUUUAAGUUGACGCCAUUUGUGACGCGCAGGAUGGCGCCGACGGUGGGGGCGGAGAGGUAUAGCGGGGCUAGUCCUGCCAGUGGGGGGUUGUAUUUGGAGAGGUGGAAGACGGAGAAUGGUGUUAAUUAG